CAUUACGGCCAUCUUGCAGCUCUGUUACUGUCGUUGAACUUUUAUAGAACUGAAACUGUGUUCACUGCUGAGCUCUGAUGCUUGAGACGAGACACUCUACAGAAGAGCUCAGUACCAGCAUCAAAUCUCCACCUCGCAGUAACUCGACAAACACCAGCAAUGGCCCUGAAGAUCAGCAUGACAACAAAGAGGACACUGUACUUUGUACAGAGACCUGUUGUUGUACUUGUGUUUCUCCUGCUUCAUCUGAACCCUUCUCUGGCUUAUUCGCUGAAAAACUGCACCAUCAGUUAUUUUGACAGAACCCCGCCUGAUGUGUUUUUAGACUGCACAAGUCGUAAACUUGUUACCGUCCCAGAUGACAUCCCCAGGAAUGCAAGCAUAAUACACCUCUACAGCAAUCUGAUUGAACAGAUUAGCAGGAAGGAUUUUACCAACAUGUCAAAGCUGAGAAGAUUGGUCCUGUAUUAUAAUCAGAUUACUCACAUAGAGGAUGGCUCUUUCAUCCAUUUGGGUGCACUGACAAGACUCAUUAUGAGCUCUAAUCAUCUUACCAACCUGACAGUCAACAUAUUUCAGGGGCUGUCCAACCUUACCAUACUUGACCUCAGUAACAACAAGAUUAUGUUCAUUCACAAUUCAGCCUUUCAUUUCCUGAGCAGCUUACAAACUGUGAUGCUUGAUAAAAACCAGCUCCAACAAGUCAGUGAUAUUCAGCCCAUCCUACAGCUACCUCAGCUCCAGGAGCUCAGCAUUAGCUGUAAUUCAUUUCCAUCCUUUGAGACCAAAGACCUGCUGGUGAAUGUGCCCUCGGCCCUUAAGGUGUUACGUGUUUCUGGUUAUAAUAUGGAAAACAUCAGCAUUACGACACCAAUCUUUCCUCACCUCGAGACAAUAGACAUUGACUGUGUCCAACGAGACUUGAGAUGGUACAUACCUGACAAGACUUUACUGAAGAACAUAACUCGGCUGCUCAUCAGUGUGGAACCAAUUCCUUUUAAAGUGAUCCGAAAUGUCCUGCAGAAACUCGACUCGGUGAUUCAUUUGAAAGUGUAUUCUAUAAUGUCAAAGAGCAAAGGUCUCUUAGAUACAGUCUGCAAAAUGCCAAAUCUCAGGAGUCUGGAUCUGUCUAACAACAACGUUGUCAGUUUUAGUGUGAAACCUGGAACUUGCACUCAGCUCACUGAGCUUGACUUGACCAGUGAUCACAUAACUAAACUGUCGAUCCAAUCGAUGAAGCGACUGAGGUCCCUGGUAGCAGAAAACAACCUCUUGACCAAAGUGCCUGAUGACAUAAGGACCCUCUCCUCGCUUGAGAUCCUGGAUCUGAGUGGGAAUCAGAUCUCUGAAUUGGGUUGUGAGGAUUUUAUCAACACAACAUGCCUGACUGAGCUCUGUUUGGCCACCAACUACAUAUCCAAACUGGACUCAUGUGUCUUUCAGAAUCUUUAUGUUCUCAGGGUUUUAGAUAUGAGCCAUAAUCUGCUGUGGACAGUUGAGAGCACCUUCACACUCGGCCCACAGUUGCUGGAGUCCUUGGAUUUGAGUGAAAACUUUGUAUCAUAUUUUGGCAAGGGCUAUUUUCAAAGUUUAGGGUCCCUCAAAUAUUUAGAUGUGAUUUCAAGUAUGCCUGGAUUAGUAGAACACAAGGCUUUUGAUGGACUGAACAACCUGGAAAGUCUUAGUAUAUCUAUUCCAUCCGAGGUGUAUUAUAACUUCAGAGAAUUACAGAAGUUGGCAAAUCUUACAGUCUACAUCACUGUUGACAGGGAUUUCAGAAGUCCUCUCCCAAACUAUUUUGAAGCUUUCUAUCAUUUAAAGUCCUUGAAAGUUUUCAAAAUUAUCUUCACAGGUGAUAAAGUUGAUUUCCCCUUUGACUUACCGUUUGAAAUAUUCGCGACUAUGAGACAUUUGGAGGAAUUCACAGCUGAGAAAGUUUAUAAUGCUGCACCAGAACCCAAAACAUUUACAUUCAAUCGCCGCCUCAAGAGUCUAAGCAUCAUUCAGAGUGAUUUGUCAAAUCUGAAUCCAGAACUGUUCUCACCAAUCCCACAGCUGCAGGUUAUCAAUUUCUCUAAUUGUAAGAUCAAGUCUUUGAACUUUCUUGCCCAGGCUCGCCUGCCUGCACUCAGAUAUUUGAUCCUGAGAGACAAUGAGCUCAGUGUAAUCGGUGAGAUGCUCUUCCAGUUUCUCCCUGCGCUAACAUACCUGGAUCUGGAAAAUAACCCAUUCACUUGUGACUGCUCUAACACUGGAUUUAUCCAGUGGGUGAUAAGCAACAACCAAACUCAGGUUGCUUAUGCCUAUCAGUACACGUGCCCUUUUCCUGUGGUUGAACAUACACGUAAUUUGCUGGACUUUGACAUCCAGUCAUGUUGGAUGGACCUUGGCUACAUCUGCUUCACCUGCAGCACAUGUCUGGUUGUUCUGACUCUGCUCACAUCCUCCAUCUACCACUUUCUGAGGUGGCAGCUAGCUUACACCUUCUACCUCUUCCUGGCCUUCCUCUAUGACAGCAGGAAAAGGAAGCAGGGGGCUCCUCAUCAGUACGACGCAUUCGUCUCCUACAAUGUUCACGAUGAGGCCUGGGUUUACAGAGACAUGCUGCCAGUGCUGGAAGGGGAGCAGGGUUGGAGACUCUGUCUGCACCAUCGAGACUUCCAGCCAGGUAAGCCCAUAAUGGAAAACAUCACAGACGCCAUCUAUGGCAGCAGGAAGACGAUCUGUGUGAUCAGCCAUCACUACCUGCAGAGCGAGUGGUGCUCCAGAGAGAUCCAGAUGGCCAGCUUCCGUCUGUUUGACGAGCAGAAGGAUGUGCUGAUCCUGCUGUUUCUGGAGGAGAUCCCGGCCCAGCAGCUGUCUCCCUACCACCGCAUAAGGAAGCUGGUGAAAAGACGCACGUACCUGAGCUGGCCUCAGGCCGGCCAACACAUGGGAGUUUUCUGGGAGAACGUCCGGAGAGCUCUAGAGACAGGAGACACUGCCACCGAGACCACCAACCUCCUGACUGGACCAGAGGGAUGCUAAGACUGAACCUGGACCUGUGAGCUUACAGAGAAACAUCCUGAUCAGACUGUUUGGAAAUCCUAGAAAGAAAGAUGCCACUUUUAACUGCAGAACCUGCCUUAGAAUCAUUGUGUUCUUAAGGUUUUGUUCAGUAUCACAUUAAUCCAGUGAUGGUCUGUACAUCCUUGAGUACACUGCAAACAAGACCUGCUAAUAGCUAAUUCAGUGUUUUUCUAAUGGUGCCUAUUUGUCAAAAUGUCAGCAAAUAUAGGCCUAAAGAAAUAAUGUGUUUUCAGGUCUAGACCACAGCACACUCACCCGCUCAUAUAUCUAAUCUGUAAUAUGCCAGCAGGCAACAGAGACGUGCUGAACCAAAAGGAGGGGGAGUGUCAGGCCAAUCAAAGGGGCACACGGCACCCGAAGGUGAAGGUGCUGCUGAUACGCAGCCAAACUCUCACGUCAGUCUUAACACAAUGCAGUUUUUCAUUAUUUUACAUCACUGAUAUUUAAGUUCCAGUUUCCACUAUCCGCUGUUCUUUAGCUUCAUAGUUAAUCAGAUGUUGUGUUCAAUAACAAUUGACUAAUGGCUUCAUGUUCCUUAAUAACCAGGUUGUAGUCCUGUAGAAUCUAAGACUUAAUGCACAUUCGCAUCCACCAAGGGCAUAGGUUUCCUCCGGUAGGGACAAAUAUCUUGCCACUGUAAAAUGCAGCUGUCAGCGCACUGACCAACGGCUGCCAUCUCCUCCAUGUCUAGGAGCAUCUGAAGACUGUCUGCUCUUCUCUAACUUUCUGCUUAUUGACUGUGACCCCUCCUGUAGCUUCCUGAUUUCUAAGCUUAUUUCCCUGCAGGUAAAUUUUACAAUGUCCUCCAGAGACUUGCUGAUUUGCUCUAACAAUAGUAAAGUUAUUGAAUAAACAUGUUUUAUAAAAGCAUUUGAUGGCAUAACACUGCUAAAGCUUCUCUUCUUCUUCUGUUGUUUUUCAUUUACU